UUUCACGCGACUGAGCUACCUGUUCAGCAUUCGAACCGACGAAAUCAACUCGAACUAAGUACAAUUGUGUAAGUCGCACGAAUCUCGGACGCUUUCUUGACUCACCGUCCAUCGGCCGACACAUUUGUUGUUCACAUCUUUUUUUAUCUUUGUUUCUUUUGAAGACACCAACGCUUGAUCAGUUCCCUGUUUGGACGUGACCGGACGUUGUCCGGCGCUCAUCUGGCAGUCCCAGCGAAUCGUCAGCGACGUGUGAUUGGCUGCCCGGCGGCGUACCUGUGAUGUCACGUGGCGUGCGGAGCCGGCAGACGUUGUGGCCAUGCCGUACGUGGACCGACGCAAUCGCAUCUGCGGCUUCCUGGACAUCGAGGAGGCGGAGGGCAGCGGGAAGUUCCUGAGACGUUACUUCGUCCUUAGCGCGCAGCGGGACAGUCUCGUUUGGUACAUGGACAACCCACAGAAUCUUCCGGAAGGGGCCCAGCAUGUCGGCUGUCUCAACCUCUCCUACAUCUCCAAGGUGACCAACGGCGCCAAACUGAGGCCAAAGACGGACUUCUGCUUUGUUAUAAACGCUGGGAUGCGCAAGUUCUACUUGCAGGCCAAUGACCAACAAGACUUGGAGGAGUGGAUCGCCGUUCUCAACAACGCCACUAAGAUAACGGUACCAAAGCUCAGCGAUGGUGCCGAUCCGCCUCAGGAAGUCCUGGGAGCCUUGAAGCACGUCUGCUACAAGACGGAGAUCGUCGGUGGAGUCCCCAUCGUCACCGCCACUCAGGAGCAGGCGGACGGGCCGAACGGGGCAGAACGUGGCGCUUCGGGGAGACCCUACUUCCUGUCCAGCCAAGUCCAGGACCAGGAUGUCAUCAAGGCGGGAUUCUGUGUCAAACAGGGAGCUGUGAUGAAGACAUGGAAGCGGCGCUACUUCAUGCUGGAUCAAAACAGCCUCCGCUACUUCAAGUCCGACUCGGACAGGGAGGCACUGCGUGUGAUCCUCCUGAAGGACAUCCUCAAAGUUCAACAGUGUCAACAAAGUGAGCUGAUGAUGAGGGACAACCUCUUCGAGAUGAUCACCUCCUCCAGGACUUUCUACUUGCAGACGGACACUCCAGAGGAAAUGGACAACUGGAUUGAAGCCAUCAACGGCGCUCUGGUGGCCCAGCGUGGACCCGCCAGCUCAGAUUAUAGCUCUCCCGCCGUCUCCUCCUCGACCUUCUACUUGGACUUAGGUGAGGAGCUCCCUUGCCCACCAUCCUCCACUGCGCCCCAUGACGGACCCCCGCCUGCCUCAGAAGACGUCCAAGUCCAGGAGAUGGGGGUGGGGCAUGAGUCGCUAUGGAAGCGACGUCGCAAGGACGACAUGGAUGUCGACGGCUAGCCCGUCGUCCACCGCGCCAUCCAGAAAAAGAAAAAUUGAAAAAUGAACAAGACAAGAAAAAUAUCAAAUCGAUAAUCAAGGUGAAUGAUGACAGUAGAGCUCGGCUAAGUUCUGAGCCUGAGCUGCUCGAACACACACACACACGCACACAAAACAACAUCAUUACCGACUGACUCAAGCUUGGUGGAAUUUGGUGGCUGCAUGCAUACGCGCACGCGGAGUUUCCGGGAAGAGUGUGUUUUGACUGGCAUUCAACAGACUUGAGGACUUUUAGUUUUUUUUUCUUGGACUCGAGAGGUCAUUGGCGGAGCAAAAAAAGAAAAAAAAUUGCGCCCGGUUGGCAGAAUGCAUUUGGGUCAUUAAAGUGACUUGCGAAGGCAAGAGCCCCAUUUACUGGAAUCCUCCAGGUGGGCCCACGCCAGAGCCAAACAUUUUGUUCUCCGAUGACAAGCGGCAACCGCGCGGCUUGGAAGUUCAAUGGAUUUGUUGUCAUUUCACACGCGCACACAGCUCAGAGGACAGGGUGUUGUCUUGGACUGCGCUGCAUCGCUAACUCUUAAAGUAUGUUCACUCGCGAUGUCUGAGCUCAUAAAAUAAAACACGCCAGUCUGUGUGUGCGCGCGCGUGUGGAA